AUGUCCCUCGCCUACAAUUCGGUGGCCGCACGGAAUAUCGAUAUGAGCAGGACAGAAGCGGAUCUCGCGGUAAAUAUCCGCAAAGCCACAAGCAUCGGCAAACAUGUCCGGAGUUGUAUUGUUUAUACGUGGGACCACAAAUCGUCGACGAGUUUUUGGGCGGGCAUGAAAGUCCAACCAAUCCUUGCCGACGAGGUCCAAACGUUCAAAGCGUUAAUUACGGUUCAUAAGGUUUUGCAGGAGGGGCAUCCGAUCACUGUUAAGGAAGGACAAUCGCAUGUUGGCUGGUUGGAGAGUUUGAGUAGAGGUGUAUCGGGCGAGGGGCUUCGAGGUAAUUGUCAUAUCUUGGUACGGUCCAUUGAUCAGGAAUAUGUAUACUUUUUGGAGGCGAAAUUGACAUUUCACCGUCAACAUCCUGAGUUCAACGAUCUUAUGACCCUCCAGGAUCAAAUCGAUGCUUUCCAGAAACUUAUAUUUUCACAUUUCCGCCAGAGCACCAACAAUGAAUGUAGGAUUUCGGCAUUGGUGCCUCUCGUCCAAGAGAGCUAUGGAAUAUACAAAUUCAUAACGAGCAUGUUGAGGGCUAUGCAUACAACCACCGGAGACGAAGAGGCAUUGGAACCUCUGCGUGGCCGUUAUAAUGCCCAACACCAUAGACUUGUUCGGUUUUAUUAUGAAUGUUCCAACCUUCGCUACCUUACUAGCUUGAUCACCGUCCCGAAACUCCCCCAGCAGCCACCAAACCUCCUUGCGGAAGACGAGGAACGCCCAGCUCUCCCGAAGCGACCAGCUAAGGAAGUCGAGAGAGAGCCUACACCAGCUCCAAAAACAGUAACGGUUCCCGAUCCAGAGCCUAUCAAUGAUUUCUGGUCGAACGAGUCGAAACGUCAACAGGAGGAGUACGAAAAUGAGCAACAGAGAUUACAGCAGCAAUGGGAGGAACAACAACGUGCACAACUCCUCGCCCAACAACAAGCGCAAAGGGAAUUCGAGGAGCAACAAAGAUUACAAGCCGAGCAGCAAAGAUUAGCCCAAGAGCAGUUGUUACAAACGCAAUACCAACAGCAGACGCAAGGUCGACUAGCUGAACUAGAGCAAGAAAACCUCAACGCACGUGCACAGUAUGAACGGGACCAGCUCCUGCUCCAGCAAUAUGACAAGAGAAUGAAGGACCUGGAGGAACAACUGAAUCAAUUAAAUUCGAAUUAUAGUCUGCAGACACAAUCCAAGGAUGACCAAAUUAGAGCGCUACAGGAACAAGUCAACACCUGGCGGACAAAAUACGAAGCCCUGGCGAAACUGUACUCACAACUUCGACAAGAACAUCUUGAUCUGCUGCAGACGACGAAAUCCCUGAAACUCAAGGCGGCAUCUGCACAGGAGGCUAUCGAGAGGCGAGAGCGACUGGAGCGUGAAAUGAAGACGAAGAACUUGGAGCUUGCAGAUAUGAUUAGAGAACGUGAUCGGGCUUUGCAUGAGAAGGACCGUGUUACUGGUGGGAAUCGCGAGGAAGUCGAAAAACUAAAACGGGAGCUCCGUCUUGCUAUCGAACGAGCUGAAAAUGCGGAGCGUGCUAAAGGAUCUGAAAUCUCCGCUUUGUUGUCCAAGUACAAUAGGGAGAUGGCUGAUCUUGAAGAGUCUCUUCGGAAUAAAUCACGAGCACUUGAAGAGAUCAAAGCGACUCACGGGGAAAGAAAUGAAGACCAGGAAAAAGCCCUGCAGGAGAAGGAUGAGGAAAUCGAAGUAUACAAGUCUGGAAUGGAGCAGGCGCUAAUGGAGCUGGAAGAAUUGAAGUUGAGCCAAGGAGACGCUGAUCAUGCUCUUGACAACCAAAUUGACGACGUCCUCCAUAGUUCUAUUGCGAAAAUAAACGAUAUUAUCGACUCCGUGCUUCAGAGCGGUAUCCAACGAGUCGACGAUGCUCUCUACGAAUUAGAUUCGAGCAUGCAGGCAGGAAACCAGAAUGCAUCCGCUUCCUAUGUUCUUUCACAGAUCGAGAAGGCUUCUGCAAGUGCAACAGAGUUCUCCACUUCUUUCAACAAUUACAUUGCGGAUGGACCCAACAGUGCUCACGCAGACAUCAUUCGGACCGUCAGCAUAUUUUCCGGGUCGACCGCAGAUGUGCUUAGCAAUUCAAAGGGCUUGUUACGGUUUGCUACCGAUGACAAGAAGGCAGACCAACUAAUGGGUGCGGCACGACAAUCUGCGCAGUCCACUGUCAAAUUUUUCCGCUCCCUACAGUCGUUCCGUCUAGAGGGACUAGAGCCUUUACAGAAGACAGACGUGGUCAUCAACAACAACCACGAAGUCCUCAUGAAUUUGCAGAAACUCUCUAAACUUGUCGAUGCAUUUACUCCGAAGGGCAGCAAGCUUAGUGGUACAGGCGAUCUAGGAGACAUUGUAGACCGCGAACUUACCAAUGCUGCCAACGCAAUCGAAGCUGCCGCCGAAAGGCUCGCGAAGUUAAAGAAAAAGCCACGCGAUGGAUACUCUACCUACGAGCUCCGUAUCCAUGACUCUAUCCUCGAGGCCUCUAUUGCAGUUACUUCUGCGAUUGCGGAGUUGAUUAAAGCUGCAACUGCAUCCCAACAAGAGAUCGUCCGGGAGGGUCGCGGCAGUUCGUCGAGAACUGCAUUUUACAAGAAAAACAAUCGCUGGACGGAAGGGUUGAUCUCUGCGGCGAAGGCUGUGGCCAAUUCCACCAACACCCUAAUCGAGACGGCAGACGGCGUCAUAUCUGGACGGAACUCCCCCGAGCAGUUGAUCGUCGCCAGUAACGAUGUUGCUGCCAGCACGGCACAGCUAGUUGCUGCCAGUCGAGUCAAAGCAACUUUUAUGAGCAAGACGCAAGAUCGACUGGAAACUGCCAGCAAAGCUGUAGGCGCUGCAUGCAGGAGUCUGGUGCGGCAGGUUCAGAGUAUCAUUGCAGAAAAGAACCGCGAUGAGAACGAGGCCGUCGACUACACAAAACUCAGCGGCCACGAAUUCAAGGUUCGAGAGAUGGAGCAGCAGGUCGAGAUCCUUCAACUCGAGAACAGCCUCGCGCAGGCACGGCAGCGGCUCGGCGAGAUGCGCAAAAUUUCAUACAUGGAAUAG